UAAUUACAGGUUAGCUAUUCAUAAAAUGGGAAGGGAAAGCCAUAGCCAUGACCCCACGGUGGUUCACUCCUCCAUUGCACUUCUUCAGGAGAGAUUCAGACAGUUGCAAAGAGUGAAAGAGAUGAGGGAAGAGAAAGAGCUUCUCAGAGUGCUCACUUCUGAACCAAAACACUUUGUCGGUAACAAUUCCAAACCCUCCAUGACGACAACCUGCGACCUGCCUCCCAAGACGAUGUCAUUUUCCUACCGGCCGGAGUUAACGCUCGUACCAUCCACAAGAACACUGCCAUCGCCACCACCACCUCAUAGCCAUGUUUCUCUUUCCCUUUGGCCAUCAUCUUCAUCGUCGUUGCCGGAGCCACCACGAGAAACACUUUCAGCGGUGACUUUUCUCGAGCCGGAGACUCCUUCUGCCUCUAUGACUUUGUGGAAAAAUAACACCUAUGACUGUGAUGGCUCUGAUUCUGAUUCUGGUGUUGAUACUUCUCUUCAUCUGUAAUCUUAUAAUCUGUAGUUUCUGGUGAGUGUAAUUCAUGUAUGAUGAGUCCUAUAUGUACUCCAUGUACGAUCACUUGUCAUGAUCUAUAUAUAUUAGUUUAUUAUUAUCUUC